UUAUCUUAUUUGAUUAUUAAAUUUUAUUUCAAUUUAAUUGGAAUUCCUUUAUAUUUAGUUUUUUAGUUUAUUGUUUAGAAAAUAUUUUAUUUGUAUGAAAACGAGAGAGUUUUAUUUGUAUAAGAACAUGUCUAUACCAUAUCAAAAAAAUCGAAGUAAGUGUAAAUAGGAUUCCUUUCGAUGAAUCUUGAAACAAGACAGGACCGCAGCAAACAAACGAAACUUGGUGGUUCGAUCAAAAGUCAUUGUUGUCUCGACUAAGCAGUUAUGAAUAAAUUGACAUUUCCAACUCGAAUGGACUAAUCCGGUAUAUUUUCCACAUUCCUAGGAGUGCUUCUAUGUUUCUGCUUCACGAAUAUGAUAUUUUCUGGGCAUUUCUAAUAAUAUCAAGUGUUAUUCCCAUUUUGGCAUUUCUAAUUUCCGGAAUUUUGGCCCCGAUUAGCGAAGGACCAGAGAAACUUUCUAGUUAUGAAUCGGGUAUAGAACCAAUGGGCGAUGCUUGGUUACAAUUCCGAAUCCGUUAUUAUAUGUUUGCUCUAGUUUUUGUUGUUUUUGAUGUUGAAACGGUUUUUCUUUAUCCAUGGGCGAUGAGUUUCGAUGUAUUGGGUCUAUCUGUAUUUAUAGAAGCUUUAAUUUUCGUGCUUAUCCUAAUUGUAGGUUCAGUUUAUGCAUGGCGAAAGGGGGCAUUGGAAUGGUCUUAGCUCCUGAAUAUUCAGAUAAUAAAAAGAAAAAAGAAGAAAAAAAUGACAUUGAGACAGUUAUGAAUUCCAUUGAGUUUCCGUUACUUGAUCGGACAACCCAAAAUUCAGUUAUUUCAACUACAUCGAAUGAUCUUUCAAAUUGGUCAAGACUCUCCAGUUUAUGGCCGCUUCUCUAUGGUACCAGUUGUUGCUUUAUUGAAUUUGCUUCAUUAAUAGGCUCACGAUUCGACUUUGAUCGUUAUGGACUGGUACCAAGAUCGAGUCCUAGACAAGCGGAUCUCAUUUUAACAGCCGGCACGGUAACAAUGAAAAUGGCCCCUUCCUUAGUGAGAUUAUAUGAGCAAAUGCCUGAACCAAAAUAUGUCAUUGCUAUGGGAGCCUGUACUAUUACGGGAGGGAUGUUCAGUACCGAUUCUUAUAGUACUGUUCGGGGAGUCGAUAAGCUAAUUCCUGUGGAUGUCUAUUUGCCGGGCUGCCCACCUAAACCAGAAGCAGUUUUUGAUGCUAUAACAAAACUUCGUAAGAAGGUAUCUCGAGAAAUCUAUAAAGAUAGAAUUGGGCCUCAACAGAAGAAUCGAUCACCAGGCGGACCGUUAGCUAGUGUAUAUCAUCUUACGAGAAUACAGUAUGGUGUGGAUCAACCAGAAGAGAUAUGUAUAAAAGUUUUUGCCUCAAGGAGGAAUCCUAGAAUUCCGUCUGUUUUCUGGAUUUGGAAAAGUGCGGAUUUUCAAGAACGGGAAUCUUAUGAUAUGUUGGGAAUCUCUUAUGAUAAUCAUCCACGCCUGAAACGAAUCUUGAUGCCUGAAAGUUGGAUAGGAUGGCCCCUACGUAAGGAUUAUAUUGCCCCCAAUUUCUAUGAAAUACAAGACGCUCAUUGAAUGAUAAAAA